AUGACCCACUCCUGCUGCUCCCCUUGCUGCCAGCCUACCUGCUGCAGGACCACCUGCUGCCAGCCCACCUGCUGUGAGUCCAGCUGCUGCCAGCCUUGCUGCCCCCCAACUCGCUGUCAAACCACCUGCUGCAGGACCACCUGCUACCAGCCAACUUGUGUGACCAGCUGCUGCCGCCCUUCCUGCUGGAGCUCUCCCUGCUGCCAGCCCACCUGCUCUGAGUGCAGCUGCUGUGGACAAACCUGCAGUGGGUCCAGCUGCUGCCAGCCUUCUAGCUCUGGACCCGUGUACUGCCGGAGAACAUGCUACCACCCCACCUGUGUCUGCCUGCCUUGGUGCCAAGCCAAGAGCUGUGGAUCCAGCUGCUGCCAGCCUUGCUGCCGCCGAGCCUGCUGUGAGUCCAGCUGCUGCCAGCCGUCCUGCUGCUGA